AUGGAGCCAGGUACGUCGAUCUCGCGGCUGCUGGAAUCCGCGGUCAUCCAGGCUGCGGCGGCAACUGCUGGCGUGUGCACGCCGCUGCUCCUGGCGCCGGGCGCGGACGUUCACGAGCAGGCGUUUGCAGCCUCGUUGUGCGCGGAGGUGGAGCUGCAGAGCCGCAUGGAGGCCAGCGGCCGUAUAACAGCAGUUCGCAGCAGCAGUGGCAGCAGCGGCAGCAGCGGGGACGACGCUACCGCUCGCGCCGAGGACCCAGUAAGGCAGGUGCCCCCAACUGUGCUUGCGCCGCUGUGCGUGCUGGCGCACCGCGCGCUGCCUGUGGGCGCGGAUGGCAAGGCGGCGUCCGCCGCGCUGUGCACACUGGGCGGGCUUCUGGACAGGAUGCUUCGAGAGGGGCAGGUCAUCAACAGCUGGCGGCUGGAGCCCCCGCUGGACCUGUCCACUCCUGAUGCGGCGCGAAUGGCGGACACCUUCUUUCGCCACUACGCCUCAAUGCACCAGCGCCUCUGCUGGGAGCUGCAACAAGCCGCGAGCGCCAGCACGCGGUCUGGCGCGGACGACCUCGAGCCGGGGCAGCUGAGGCGCUGCACGCUCGUGCAGCUGGAGGAGCAGCUCAACCGCAUGGGCAUUGCGCAGGCUGCCGCGUUCACGGGUGAGGUGCGGCUGCCCAGCGGCGGCAGCGGGUGCGAGCCCUACGGCGGGUUUCGCUCGGUUUUCGCGCACUGGGUGGGCGGCUACCAGGCUUCUCUGGAGAGCAGCGCUGCCAACCCCCUCGUCAAGAACUACAAGCACCUGCCAAGCAGGUUCCUGGAUGCGACCUGCUUUGCGCACAAGGCGCGGCGCGAGCACCCUUGCUACUCGACCUCGUCAGCAGAGUAUGGCGCCAAGAAGCCCACGGGGCUGGACAUGCCGCUCUCAUGGGCGGGCGUCCACGGUCGCUUCACCAACACGUUUUGCGGCGGGCCGGCGAUAUCGCCGACGAUGAAGACCCACAACAUCCGUUCGCGCGUGCACCGCGCUCUCGACGAGCUGUGA